UGAUAGAGCGGACCCGGCAACUAACUCGCAACAGUGCUGCUCUCUGAAUCUUCCUUCCGACGUCGUUGCACCACCGCACCAUCUCAACGCCGCUACCGCAAGGUUGCCAAUUUGUCGCGGCUUCCGGCGGCAGCUGUAGCAUCCGCACAUAAGUCUCUAUAACUAUAACAAAUAUCAGGCAGCCAUGGAGGUUCAGGUUCAGGGGCAGGCCGGGCAGGUUCAAGGGCAAGGGCAGGGUCAGGGGCAAGGGCAGGGUCAGGGUCAAGGAGAGAGGCUGAAUCAGGCAGUACAGCAGCAGCUGAACCUGGAGCAAGUGAAGACACGCGCCAUCAGCCUCUUCAAAGCCAUCUCUCGCAUCCUCGAAGAUUUCGACGCCUACGCUCGCACCAAUACUACCCCUAAGUGGCAAGACAUUCUGGGGCAGUACUCCAUGGUUAACCUUGAGCUCUUCAACAUCGUUGACGAAAUCAAGAAAGUCUCCAAGGCUUUUCUAGUCUAUCCCAAGAAUGUUAAUGCUGAAAAUGCAACUAUACUUCCUGUUAUGCUUUCGUCCAAACUACUCCCUGAAAUGGAGACGGAAGAUAGCUCCAAGAGAGAUCAAUUGCUUCAGGGGAUGCAAAACCUCCCCAUACCUACUCAAAUUGAAAAGCUCAAGGCUAGAAUUGAUAUGAUUGCAGCGGCCUGUGAAGGUGCCGAGAAAGUCUUGGCAGACACUCGCAAAGCCUAUUGCUUUGGAACUCGCCAGGGCCCAACUAUUACCCCAACUUUAGACAAGGGUCAGGCCGCCAAAAUUCAAGAGCAAGAAAAUCUACUCCGGGCUGCUGUCAAUACUGGAUUACGGAUACCUCCAGAUCAGAGACAGAUUACUCCGGCACUUCCAAUGCAUUUGGCAGAAGCAUUUACUCCCAAUGAGGGUGCACAAUCUUUUCCUGAUGCAUCUAACAACAGUAUGUAUAUGAAGAAUACCCCGCUGUCAUCAAACAGCAUGGGCGGUCAGAAUCCAAUGGUACAGGCCUCAGGAUCUCAACUUUUGGGAAGAUCUGCGGCUUCUCCAUCUGCUGCAACCAGCGCCACUUCUUUUGACAACACUACAGCAUCACCGUUACCAUAUGCCAAUUCACCCAGGUCUUCCGCAAGUAUGAUGAAUGCACCAUCCCCUCAGCAGCAAACCCAACAACAGCAGCAGCAGCAACAAUCACCAGUGCAGGCCCAACAACGGCAGAAACUGAUGCAGUUACCUCAACAGCAGCAACAGCAACUUCUUGCUCAGCAGCAACAGUUCAGGCAAUCUGCAAUGCAAGGACUGGGACAGUUGCAUGGACAACAUCAGAUGCAAUUUUCUCAAUCACUUGGGCAUCAGCAAUUUCAGGGUAGGCAGCUUGCUUCAGGACAUGUUCAACACGGCAUUGGUCAAAGCCAAUUAACUCAAGGAAAUCAAAUUACUCGUUUAGGACAGUUUUCUGGGGCUGCUAAUAGUGCGUUAUUCAGUGCUGCUCAAACAACACCUAAUACCCAAAUGAUUCCAAACAUUUCAGCCACUAUGUCCUCACGGAUGCAGUUUGGAUUACCCGGAAACAACCCUCAGCGAAGUCAUGCGACACAAAUGUUGGGUGAUCAAAUGUUUAACCUCGGAAGUGGCAAUCCUGGUGGUAUGAUGUCCAUACAACAACAGCAGCAACUUGGAUCGCAAGGCGCAUUUGGUGGCAUGGCGUCAAAUGCUCAGAAUCUACAAUCCAAUAUGGUGACGCUUCAGAACUCGCAACAGAAUCAUCCCAAUUUCAACCAACAGAGACAGCAAAAUCCACAACAGUGAUACUUUUUGUGUCACCCAAAUGUAUAAUGCCACAAGUUUCGACCUAAAUUGGAACUCAUGAUUACUUACAAUUCUCCUUUUCUAGAGUUUAUACUAAUUUUGAGUUUCAAAAUCAUUGAUGUAAUAAAAUUCAUUGCAUUGUCAUCCAUUUAUAUUUGAUUUCACCCUGCUAAAAUGUUGGUAAUGUGUGAGAGGAUAUUUAAGUGUUUCCGAAAAUUUGAUUGUACUUGAGUAAUCCCUUGUAGGCAUUUUCAAAUAUAUUUUAUUCAUAUUGAUGGUGUUGAUUCAAUUAACCUAAACCGAAUCUACCAUUAUUUGCCA